AUGGCUUGGGAAAUUCUGGAACUGCAGAAAAGCGGGCAGAGUGCUCGGAAUUCACCUCCUCUGCGCUCGCCGCUCUGCCGGGCGGUCUCCUCAGUUCCCACCGUCCAGGGCUGGCUCUGGGCUCGGCCGGCGGCUCGGCCCCUGCAGCUCGGCGGGCCCGGGCCGGGCUCCCAGGCCCCUUCAGCGCCGCCAGCCGAGGGCUCCGCCGUGGAGGCUGCUGCCCUCGCCUUUGACGCGCCCGCGGUCUCCACUCUCCUCCUCGGGACCCGGUGCCGCCCCGGCGGGAGCCUGUCCCGCCUGCGCGAGUGCCCGGGCCGCUCCCGCAUCGUGCUGGCGCUCGGGGCCACGCAGAUGGCGCUCGGAUGCCUCAUCGUGGCCGUGAGCUUCGCCGCGCUGGCGCUCACCACCUCGGCCCGCGUCCGCCACUCCUGCCCCUUCUGGGCCGGCUUCUCGGUGCUGCUGUCAGGACUCAUUGGUGUCGUCUCCUGGAAAAGGCCUCUCUCCCUCGUGAUAACCUUUUUCAUGCUGCUCUCUGCAGUGUGUGUAAUGCUGAAUUUGGCUGGUUCAAUUCUCUCCUGUCAGAAUGCUCAGCUAGUCACCUCCCUAGCAGGCUGUCAGUUGAUUAAGUUUGACAGUGUCGAGGUGUGUGUCUGCUGUGAAAUGCAGCACCAGUCUUCAGGCUGCAGCAACCUGGGCGAGACACUGAAGCUGAACCCGCUGCAGGAGGACUGCAAUGCCGUGCGGCUGACGCUGAAGGAUCUCCUCUUCAGCGUGUGCGCCCUCAACGUCCUCUCCACCAUCGUGUGUGCGUUGGCCACAGCCAUGUGCUGCAUGCAGAUGGUCUCCUCUGACGUCCUGCAGAUGUUCCUUCCACAAAGGGCGCAUUCCGCCAGCCCUGCCUGCGUGACCCCCCACGGCACUGUCCUCCACCAGACCCUGGACUUCGAUGAGUUCGUGCCCCCGCUGCCCCCUCCCCCCUACUACCCUCCAGAGUACACCUGCACGCCCAUGGCCGAGGCCCACAGGGGCCUCCACCUGGACUUUGCUCCCUCUCCGUUCAGCACUCUGUAUGAUGUUGCCAUCAACAGCCCUGGCCUGCUCUACCCCGCCGAGCUCCCCCCGCCCUACGAGGCCGUGGUGGGCCCGACCCCAGCCAGCCAGCUUACAAGUAUGGAUCAGCAGGUGACCGAAUCCAGCUCCGGAGACGCAGACCCCGCUGCUGGCUUCAGCGCACAAGUGCCGGCUGACAGAGCAAGCCUCCCAGCAACCGAGGGCACCACCACGCCGGGCCCGAGCCUCGUGUCCCCCGAUGGCCCUGUGGGCGCCCCGCCACCUCUGCCGCCUGCCCAGCGCCACGGCCACGCGUCCCUGGAGGGCCCGGACCAGGGCACGCGGGCGCGGCUGGGUCCCGGACGCGUGGCUCGCUCCGCCAGCGACCCCACCUCGUGCACGUCUGGCACAGCAGGCGCUGCCUCUUCCCACGCUCCCUCCCGCAGCCAGGACCUCGAAGCAGGGCUGUCCCAGGCGGCCCUGGGGACCGUUUCCCUAUCUCGCUCUGUCAUCGCCACCGGUGCUUGUCGGCACCAGCUUUCACCCUCUGGGGAACCAGAUGCCUGGAAAAUCCACCAGCGGUUAAAGCCAGAGGCCUUACAGAUGGUCUCCAAAGAGCGGCCGCACUCUUUAGUGGACAGCAAGGCCUACGCAGAUGCCAGGGUUUUGGUGGCUAAAUUUUUGGAACACUCAAACUGUGCCCUCCCUCCCGAGGUGCGGCAUGUGGUGGGCGCCAUCCGCUCAGUGGUGACCUCUGAAGAGUGCCCCGUGGAGGAGGCCGUCUUCAGCACCGGUGUUCUGGACCAGGUGUGAACGAGCCACAGGUCUAGACGUGGACAUGGACAGGCCUGGUGCCAAACUGUCCUGCCAGAGGCCACUGUGCUCUCAGGUGGGAGGCCUGCAGCCCCAGAGUGUCUCCUGGUGGCUCAGGAGGGGACUCCUGUUCCUUCUCUUCAGGGGGUCUGAUCAGUUGUUCUCGUGGGAUGACACUUCCUAUAUUCCAGUAAGACAGAAAACGACUCUCAUGUCCAUCGUGAACUCUUUGGUUUUGUCAGGCAUGUAGCACCUUGAACUAACCAGCAUUACAGGAAUACAGUGACAGGUGACACUCAUGUAACUAAAGACACUAAGUAUCUUCAAAAUCAGGGCCAUCAAAACACAGGCUUCUCCCCCACCCUGAGUCAGUUCAGUGUUAAGUG